UUUAAUUUGAAGUUUUAAACAGUUACUUUGAAAUGUUUUAAAUGAUUUAAUGUUUACUGAAGAUAAAACCAGUGCAAAAUUUCUCAAUGACUUUCUUUUACCGGCGAUAGUGGCAACAUUUUGUGGAUUCAUAUAUUGGUGUUAUAGAGGUUUCUCUUGCUUUUACACUAAUCGUAAUAAAACUACUACAACAAAAAUAGUUGUCUUCAAAGAAAUGGAAAAACCCAGGUUAGAAGAAGUAUUAGUGACAUUUCCAACCAACACUUCCAUAAAGAAUAAUUCCCAUUAUACCAAAUCAGGAAACUCAGUUCAAACAGCACAAAAAUCUCAAAACCUAAUGCAACUUAAUAAUGUCAAUUCAUGUAGGAAAAAAAUAAAUCUUCUCGGAAAUCUUACCAAGAAAACCAUCUCCAAUGUUGUACCGAACCUAUUUCUUUCAGAUUUGCCAAAAGAAGAAGCUGAAGAUUUAAAUAUUGUUAAAAAUGCAGACGAAACUGUUUGGGAUUUUUAUGAUACAGUAAUAUACCCACAGAUUACUUCAGUCGGUCAUAUCUUUAAUCAUGAAACUGAUUCAGGAUAUUCUGAAGGCAGUGAGUGUAGCAAUAAUAACUUCCAUCCCCAUGAUGGUGAAUAUGAUUCGCUGGUGUCACUCACAGAGAAGUUAUGUGAAAUAAUAGAUUUCAGUGCUGAUGAUGAAAAUGUAAUUGUCAGGACCUUCCACGAUGAUGUUUGUAACUAUAAAGUUGGAAGUUCUAAACAAAAACAAGAAGGAAAAGAUUUUAAGACCUAUUUGCAGUUUGCAUUUAUCGACGAAUGACAUGUGCAGCAGUUCGAAGGAGUCAUUAUCUAUCAUCAAAUAUGAAAGAAGGUUUCUUUUAAAUGUAUAUUUAUUUGUACUGUUCGAGCAAAAACCGCUUAGAAUAUAAAAGAUAUUUCAUACUUUUGUUACUUA